AGUGUAGUAGUUGGAUCUUGAAGAUCACAUUGGAUUAAUUUUUAUUAUCACUGUGUCUCACACUUUGAAUGCAUUGGUACAAUUAUAGUAAUUUAAGGGACCCAUUUCAUAUCAUAAUCAUAAUAAUAUUAAUAAUCAAUCUUAUAAUAACCAAAUUCUACCAUCUCAUCUGGGCCUUCUCUGUUUGUUGCAUUUCUUCUGUUUAUGUGAUUAAGGUGUUUUGUAUUGUGAUUUGAGAUAUGGAUAGAAGAUGGCCCUGGAAGAAAAAAUCAUCUGAUAAGACUGUUCUUGAGAAAGUUGCUGCUGAAUUGGACUCUGCUGGUGCAUCUAAUCAACCCAAUCAGGAUGUUUAUAAGAAGCCGAACUAUGUCCAAAUCUCUGUAGAGUCAUAUUCACAUCUGACGGGUUUGGAGGAUCAAGUGAAGACAUAUGAAGAAAAGGCUCAGACACUUGAGGAUGAGAUCAAUGAAUUAAAUGAAAAACUGUCAGCAGCAAACACAGAGAUAAAUACCAAGGAAGCUUUGGUAAAACAACAUGCUAAAGUAGCUGAAGAGGCUGUCUCAGGCUGGGAAAAGGCAGAAGCAGAAGCUUUGGCGUUGAAGAACAGUCUAGAAUCUGUCACUCUUUCGAAACUGACUGCUGAGGAUCAGGCUUCACAGUUAGACGGUGCUCUUAAAGAGUGUAUGCGACAGAUAAGAAACCUGAAAGAAGAACAUGAACUGAAAAUACAGGAUAUUUCCCUUGCAAAAACCAAGCAAUUGGACAAGAUUAAGGGUGACCUUGAGGCUAGGAUACGGAACUUUGAACAGGAACUUCUCAGGUCUGCUGCUGAUAAUGCGGCUCUGUCUAGGUCCUUGCAGGAGCGCUCCAACAUGCUAGUAAAACUAAGUGAAGAAAAAGCUCAUGCUGAGGCUGAAAUUGAGCAUCAAAAGAACACCGUAGAAUCAUGUGAAAGAGAAAUCAAUUCACUUAAAUAUGAGCUGCAUGUUAUUUCCAAAGAGCUUGAAAUUCGCAAUGAAGAAAAGAACAUGAGUAUGAGGUCUGCAGAAGCUGCUAACAAGCAGCAUAUGGAGGGUGUUAAAAAAAUUGCUAAAUUAGAGGCUGAGUGUCAAAGGUUACGUGGUCUAGUACGGAAAAAGUUACCUGGUCCUGCUGCGCUUGCACAAAUGAAGCUGGAAGUUGAAAGUCUUGGCCGAGAUUAUGGCGAAACUCGAUUACGGAAAUCUCCUGUUAAAUCUUCUAGUCCUCAUUUCUCUCCGGUACCCGAUUUCUCCCUCGAGAAUAUACAGAAAUUCCAGAAAGAUAAUGAAUUUCUUACAGAGCGCUUAUUGACAAUGGAAGAAGAAACAAAGAUGCUGAAAGAAGCUUUGGCAAAACGUAACAGCGAAUUGCAGGCUUCAAGAAGUAUGUGUGCCAAAACACUUAGCAAACUUCAAAUUUUGGAAGCACAAGGCCAGACAAGUAAUCAGCAGAAGGGAUCUCCAAAAUCUCCCAUCCAUAUGAACCAUGAAAGCAUAUACAGCCAAAAUACAGGCUAUGCAGCAAGCAUGAUCUCCAUUUCUGAAGAUGGUAAUGAUGAUGCGAGAAGUUGUGCCGAGUCUUGGUCGACAGCAAUAAUCUCUGAGCUAUCCCAACUCCCAAAAGAAAAGAAUGCUGAUGAAUUGGGCAAAUCUGAGGCGACUAAGAAGUUAGAACUGAUGGAUGACUUCCUAGAGGUGGAGAAAUUUGCUGGAUUAUCAGAUGAUUCUAAUGAAGACGCCUCUUUGCCAUUUACUUCAAACAAUAAGACAGACGAAAUCAUGACCAAUGAUGUAUCCGAAGUCAGUACCAGCAAAGAUGAUAUAUCCGAGCCUGAAAAGAAGAGUGAUUUGAAUCCAUUGCAAAGCCAAGAGUCUCCUGCUGCAGGAUCACCAGUCCCCAGUCCCCGUGGGAUUGAUAGCUUUUCACCAGCAGAUCUUCAAUCAAGAAUACUGUCAGUGUUUGAAUCUAUGGCUAAGGAUGCUGAUGUAGGUAAGAUCCUGAAGGAUAUUAAACAUGUUCUUGAAGAAGUACAUGAUACUUCCAUCCAAGACUCUGUAGCUGAAAUUCCCGUCGAUGUGCCAGCUUCUGAUACUCCAUGUGAUAAAAAGGAUGAUCCUGAAGAUGUUUGUUCAGUUUCAGAAAAAGAACUUAUAUCAUCCCAAGAACCUUCUGAGUGUAUGCAGAUAACUUCUGAUAUAGAAGCUGCAAUUUCUCAAAUUCACGACUUCGUAUUGUUCCUUGGCAGAGAAGCAAUGACAGUUCAUGAUAUAUCUUCUGAUGGAGAUGGUAUAAGCCAAAAGAUGGAGGAGUUUUCUGUUACUUAUAAUAAAGUCAAAUGCCAUGAAGCAAGUUUGCUACAGUUUGUUCUUGAUCUGUCUCAUUUCUUGGCUAAAACAAGUGAAUUCAGAUUUAAUAUCCUUGGUUAUAAGGGUAUGGAAACUGAAACUAACAGUCCUGAUUGCAUAGAUAAGAUUGCUCUGCCUGAAAAUAAGUUAGUUCAAGAAAAUUCGUUGGGAGAGAGAUAUCAAAAUGGUCAUUCUCAUAUUCUCAAUCCCUGCUCUAAUCCUGAGGUUCCUGAUGAUGGAAAUUUGACAUCAAGUUAUGAAUCAAAUGUCACGUCACAAAAGUUCUCCAUGGAGGACUUUGAGGAAUUGAGAUUAGAGAAAGAGAAGGCAAUUGUGGAUCUGUCAAAAUAUUCUGAAAAUCUUGAAAUGACAAAAUUGCAGUUACAAGAGACCGAGCAACUUCUAGCUGAAGUUAAAUCACAAUUGGCUUCUGCUCAAAGGUCAAACAGCUUGUCCGAGACUCAACUCAAAUGCAUGGCAGAGUCAUACAGAUCACUUGAAACACGUGCACAGGAGUUUGAAACUGAGCUCAACCAUCUACGAAUGAAGACAGAAACUCUUGAGAAUGAACUUAAAGAUGAAAAGAGAUCUCAUGAAGCAGCUUUGGCAAAGUGCAAGGAGCUAGAAGAACAAUUGCAAAGGAAUGAGAGUUCAGCUGCUGAUAAUGAAAUUCAGACUAAAAAGGAGAGAGACUUGGCUUCUGCUGCUGAAAAGUUAGCCGAGUGUCAGGAAACCAUAUAUCUUCUUGGCAAGCAGCUAAAAGCUAUGCAUCCUCAAACAGAACCGAUGGGAUCUAUGUACAGUGAGAAGCUUUUGAAGGUUGAAGGCUUCACAGAGCAUCAACCUCGGAGCCCAAAUUUGCAGGAUCAGGUGGAGAUGGACGGAGCUAGUUUUGGUUUUAUGCAAAGGCAGGGUGCAGAGUCCCCUUUGCAUUUUACAAACACUUUAUAUAGUCCAUCAGAUAAUGACUCAAACUUUCAAGCCAUAUCUCCUGUACACCAUCCAAAUCACAAGCCCACAAAGUCAGCCUCUUCAUCAGCUUCUUCCACUCCUACACCGGAAAAACAUGGCCGAGGUUUUAGUAGAUUCUUUUCAUCAAAAGGAAAAAACGGUCAUUGAGCUUUUGCGGCAUACAGGACCAGUGAAAAUUCAUGAUAUGAGGCUGCAUGGUAAUGAUAUUUGGACAGCACCAGGUUGCGAACCCCUUCAUGAUUUAACGAAAUUGAGCUUGUGGGAGGUUUGUGUAGUUAAAGGAGAGGGUGCCAUGAAUGUCUGGUAAUGAUAUUCUUGUAUCUAAUGUUGUACAUGGUAACCAUAUGUUGUAUUCUUUUCCUUUUCAUUGUUUCCCUUUAUAUUUGUAAACAUUGACAUAGUCUCUGAAAUAUUACAGGAUAUGCUGAAUAUGUUACAUUUCAAAA